AUGCCUUCCAAGGUCCGCUCGCAGCACCGCAUGAAGAAUCCCCGCUCCCUCGUCUCCGAAGACCCCUGGAGGGUCGACACCCCCUUUGGCCCGCCUCGCAUCUCCUACUUCCCCGGCCGAGGCAUCCGUCGCAUCCGCAACACCCUCUCGAAGCUGUCGCCGUCUGCUCGCGCCGAGCGACACCUCCUCCGACAGAAGAACCGGUACAAGAUCCCCCUGACGGAGCGCAAUGUCGACACCCUAGUCACCGAGCAGGAGUUCACCGAAGCCUGUCAUCCCAACGAACACAGCAGGGAGUUAUCGGUCUCUGCCUGGCUGGAACAGGUUUCGAAUUGA